GCAAAUCCAAGCCGAUGGACUUGCUCUGAUGCUCCACACUGCAGCUCGCAGACCCGGCCGGCGGCGCGCCGGACGCUUUGAGCGCAACAACCUACCUGGUGCUGCUCAGCGUCCUUGCGGCCGUGGAGCUACGAUGCAUGCCCUCCUCGUCGCGUCGGUGCUCACCACGACCGCCUUCCGAGCGCCGCAUCCCAUCCGCCGCCGCACGCGCCGCCGCUCCGUGGGCACGGCCCUCGACGACGUGACGACCGAAGCGACCAAGGUCUUCGUCCCCUACGAGGGCGCGGUCCCGGCCUACGUGCGCGGCACGUACUACCGCAACGGCCCCGGCGCUUGGACGACGAAGGCGCAGAACCUGACGCACCUCUUCGACGGCUUCGCGCUGCUCUGCAGCUUCGCGUUCCGCGACGGCGGCGUCGAGCUCACGUCCAAGUUCCUCGCCAGCGAGGCGCGCGCGUUCGCCGUCGAACACGACAAACUGCUCUUCAACGAAUUCGGCACGGCCGCGGGCGCGACCCCCGCCGACCGCGUCGCGUCGCUCGUCCGGUCGUCGCUCCGCGGCGGCACGACGGACAACGCCGUCGUCAACGUCCUCCCGCGACCGGACGGGACGCUCCUCGCGAUCUCGGAGCCCACGAGCGCGACGUUCCGCGUCGACGGAGACACGCUCGCGACGCUCGGCCGCGACCGCUACGACGGCGGCGAUUCUGUCGGUUUAUUGCACACGGCGCACCCGCUGCCGCGGCUGGGGAAGCUCGUGAACGUGGCGACGUCGCUCGCGCCGCCGCGCUACGAGGUCUACGUCGCCGACGACGGCCUGCGAAACCCGAGGCGCGUCGCGUCGCUGCCGAGCGCGCGCGCCUUCGACGUGUCGUGGCACCACGCCUUCGCGGCGACGGCGACGAAGGCCGUCGUCGUCGAGACGCCGGCCGUCUACAACGUCGGCGCGCUGAUGGGCGCGGUCGGCGCGGACCACGUCGCCUUCGACUGGAAGCCCGAGGGCGGCACCUGGGUCACCGUCGUCGACAUCGCGAGCGGCGCCGUGGUCGCGCGGCGCCGCUGCGAGCGCAACUUCUUCUUCUUCCACUGCGCGAACGCUUUUGAGGAGGACGGCAGCGUGCGCGUGGAUCUCUGCGUCUACGACGACGCGAGGAUCGUCGACGGCCUGUCCCUCGCGGCCAUGCGGCGGGACCCGGCCGUCGGCGGCGUCGAGGUCGGCCGCCUCGCGCGCCUCGACGUCGCGCUCGACGGCGACGCGCCGGCGACGCUCGAGUACCUGGACGACGCGGCGGCGACGGGGGAUUUCAGCGAGUUCCCCGUCGUCAACCCGGCCGUCGCGGGCGCGCGGCACCGCUACGUCUACGCCGUCGGCGCCGCGCGGCCGACGAACGUCGCGAACGUGCUGACGAAGACGGACUGCGACGCCCGGACGACGAACACGCUCGCGUGGCCCGGCGUCGCCGUCGUCGGCGAGCCCCUCUUCGUGCCCGACCCGGCGGGCGCGCGCGAGGACGACGGCGCGCUGCUCGUCGUGCUGCACGACGUGUCCGGAGACGCGCACGUCGCCGUCGUCGACGCGCGGACCUUCGCCGAGGUCGCGCGCGCGACGAUGCCGCGCGGCGCCGUGCCCUACGGCUUCCACGGCGCGUGGCGCGCGGCGUAAGAUUCCGCG